AUGCAGCUCUUGAGAGUGGUAGGAUUUAUCCAUGGAAACAUGGUUUUGUUAAGUUCCACUCUAGGAGCAGGGAUUUUGUUUGUGUCUCCUAAUAUAGUAUUAAAAUACUCCUCACUGACCAUACUUGUCUCCCUAAGUAUUUGGGCAGGUUGUGGCUUGCUGAACAUGAUGAAUGCUCUCUGUCUUGCAGAGUUGGCAACCACCUUCCCUGUGAGUGGAGCACCUUAUUAUUUCCUCAAGAGAUCUUUUGGAUCCUCUGUUGCUUUCCUGGGUCUUUGGAUACAGCUUUUUGGUCAUUUCCUAGGCAUUGGUGCUCUAAGCUUACUAAUGGCUGGUAAUCUAGUUCAGUUUUUCUACUCUGGAUGCCCAGCUCCAGAGCUCCCAAAGAAAUGUCUGGCUUUGGCUGUUUUGUGGUCACUCGGAAUUCUCAAUGCCCGAGGGAUAAAAAGAGUGGCUCAGUUUCAGACUCUCAGCAGUUUGAUGAAGAUGGCUGUUCUUUGUUUCAUUUCUCUUACUGGGAUUGUGCUGCUAGUGAUUGGGAAAAAGGAGAAUGUGUCCAGGUUUGAAAAUGCAUUGGAUGCUGAGCUUCCUGAUGCCUCACAGAUUGCAGGUGCCAUUCUCCAAGUAAACUAUUCAUAUUUAGGAGCAUCACUCCUGAUCACCAUAGCAACUAAAUGCAUGUUACCCAGAGAAACAAUGCCAAUGAAUUUGAUUUCUGGCAUUUCUACCCUGGCUGUGUUAUACAUAUUGACUAAUGCAUCCUACCUGACAGCUUUGUCACCUCAGAAAAUUAUCUCUUCAGAUUCUGUUGCUGGCACAUGGAUAGACACAGUCUUCCCUACUAUGGAAUGGAUCAUUUCUUUUGUGGUCUCAGCUUCAACAUUGAAAAAUGCUUCCUGUGCAAUACUUGCAGCAUCAAGGACUUGCUACUCUGCAAGCCAAGGACAGCUGCCUUUCAUCUUCCCUAUGCUUAACAACUACCACUGUCCAGAUGUAGCUGUCACUAAGAUCAUUUGUUCUUCUAUUGUAGUGAUCCCUUCAAGAUUAGUCAAGUUAAUAAAAUAUUUAAUGUUGGCAUCCUCAAUUUUAACUGAGCUAUCUAUGAUAGCUUUACUUAAACUGAGGUACCAGGAGCCCAGUCUACAUAGACCUUACAAGGUGGUAACACAGGCCAUAGAUAUCAACCUGGCCACUGACCGCAUCAUGACCUGUGAACCAAAGAUGGCCAUUAGUGACAGCACAGAACCCAGACAUUGGCAUGGCCCUGGGAAGCUACAUGGGCUACUUACUUCAACAUGGCCUGUGGCAUGGCCCAUGGACAUCAAUGUAUGCCAGGGCUGUGCUGGAGAGUUUGCUUGGGUGGUGACAAUGAGGAAAAGCUGGCAGGCUGGUCAACCCAGCUACCAUCCAGGCCCAGACCCAGCCCAGACCCAGGACUACAAGGAAGCCCACCCCAACAUCCACCUCACCUAUAAACUGCAGGAGCAUGUGAAAGAGGCAGACCUGAGAUUUGAAGCUAUGGGAUCUUCAUGA